ACAGUGAGAGAGACGCCGGCGCACCGUCAGUUAAAGCCAGUCAGUCACUGAUAGUUCAGUCGAAAGCAGGCUAUUGAAUGCCACGCGCCGGGCGACGUGCGCACGCGACGAAAUACGAAUAAAAAAAAAAUCGGGAAUACCACAAGGGUGCACUCUGGGUACUGUGAUUUUCAAUUCAUACGUUAACACCAUAAUUUGUGUCGUGCAGUGAUUUCGUUUUUGUUUUUUGUGAUCCAGUUUAUGCAGAUGCUGUGAUGCAUGAUAAAAGUGGAGUUCAAAAAAUGACAUAAAAGAACGAAAACAGUGGACUUUUUUUUCUUAAUAGUUAACACAAUAUUCGAAUUAUAUUUAUUUUGUUGGUGAAGUGAAUAAUAAAUUCGUGUAUAUGAGUGAGAAGGCGUGUUUGGAUAAGAUGACGAACAUCUCUCCGGAGACCAGGAUCAUGAUGAUGAGGGGGGAAGAUGGAAGGCAGGGCUACAGGCGACAAAUCCUGGCCGCCCUCGCGGUGUCCCUGGGCCCUUUCGCAGCGGGUCUCUCGAAGGGCUACAUGUCGCCAGCGAUCGCGUCCAUGCAAGAGUCCAAGCAUGACUGGUCCUUCACCGUUAGCGACCAACAAGCUAGCUGGAUUGCCAGCUUGAGCUUAUUAGGGGCUCUGAUCGGCGGCAUCCUCGGAGGCUUGGCGAUGCGUCUGGGACGCCGAACGAUCCUGCUGGCGACCGCCCUGCCCUACACGCUGGCUUGGCUGGCCACCGCACUGUCCACCAGCGUCGACAUGAUCUCCGUCACCUCAUUCUGUGGAGGGAUGCUUGUCUGCUGCAUCACCAUGAUCACGCAGGUUUACGUCACAGAAAUAGCAGUACCAGAAAUCCGAGGUUGCCUCAGCUCCGUAUUGAAGAUCUUAAGCCAAAUUGGUAUCCUCAUCUCUUUUUCACUAGGAGCUUACUUAAACUGGCAUCAGCUCGCAUUAGUGGUCGCUGCCGCUCCCGUCUUACUGUUCCUAGCUCUUCUAUUUAUCCCUGAAACGCCUUCUUCUCUUCUGCUUCGCGGAAAAGAAGAAGAAGCUGCCGAUUCCCUUCAAUGGCUUCGAGGUCCCGACGCAGACAUCCGCCAAGAACUGGCAACGAUUAGAACGAAUAUUCUAGCAAGCAAACAUUACAACGAUGGACAAACUGGAAAGUUCAAAGCUCUUCUUUCCAAAAGGCUAACUCGACCAGUGCUCAUCACUUGCGGGCUCAUGUUCUUCCAAAGAUUUACUGGAGCGCACGUUUUUAACUUCUACGCUGUGCCAAUGUUCAAGAAAACUUUUAGAAUGAUGAAUCCGCAUGGGGGAGCGAUCGCUACAAGCGUGGUCCAGCUGCUCGCCUCAUGUUUGUCUGGAAUGUUAAUAGAUCAUGUUGGGAGGCUGCCUUUGCUCAUGAUAAGUGGUGUGAUGAUGUCAAUAGCUUUAGCCGGUUUCGGUUCUUAUGCAUAUUAUGAGGACGUCUUCAGGAAUUCUACGGAUUUAACGCACGUUGAGCCAGGAUCAUAUGACUGGAUACCAUUACUUUGCGUUUUGACGUUCACGAUAGCCUUUUCCCUUGGUAUCAGUCCUAUAUCAUCUCUGCUGAUCGGAGAACUAUUUCCAUUGGAGUACAGAAGUACUGGAAGUGCACUAGCAACGAGUUUUAGUCACCUCUGUGGAUUCGUUAAUGUCAAAACUGCUGCAGAUUUUCAAGAUCACAUUGGGUUGUAUGGUCUAUUCUGGUUAUAUGCUGGAAUUUCUGUUCUUUGUCUCCUAUUUGUCGUUCUUUUCGUUCCUGAAACAAAGGGGAGGGAAAUAGACGAAAUGGACCCAAAAUACGUAGAAUCCUUAUGUAUAAACCGAUAGUAUUAAAGUAGAGUGAAAAGUGGUUGCAAAUAUAGACUGAAUUCCCUUGUAGAUAGUAGAGAAGUGUAUUAAGAAAGAGCACAAAAGAGAGGUGUUGCGUGGAAAGGAAACGCUGAGCCAGAAUGAUGCCCUUACCCAGUAUUAUUCGUUAGAAUAAAUAUCUACUUUAAGAAUUUUUAAUCAGUGCCUUACGUGUUUCUGUAGAUAGUACCAAUAACGAUUACAUCACAAGUUUUUAUAGAUGUCUUUUUUAUCUAUAUAAGUAAUUUAGAUUAAAGUUCCUUAACAUUUUGUCGACGCUUAUUUCUAAACUGAAAAUCAAAUCGAAAUCAAUUAAUUUGUAUGUACUGUUGAAA